AUGGGAGCACACGCCUACAGCGUGACCUCAGGAGCCACAGGACAACGGAGCCGCUGCCGCUCACCCCCUAAAUUUGACAACAGGAAGGCAAGCAGAAGGGUAGCAGAAUUAUUACCACAGCCCGAGGAGACUGGAGCAGGAAGGGUUUCAGACAGAACUGGUGUGGAUCAGUUUUUGUUGUCUCACAGGAAGAAACUCAGCUUUCACCACGGCCACGGCCCUCCAGGACGUCCUCCUGUGGAACCAGCUGCUAGGACCAACCUAAGACUUGCAGGCACAGCAAUGGAGAAUUUGGAUGUCCCAAUCCCAGAUCUUACUGAAGAACAGCGAGACAUUCUUCAGAGAGUUUUUGCUGCUGAUGCCAAGUACUUGGAGAAUCAUGAGAAAAUGAACCAGUCCUUCUGGGAAUCACUUGUGAAAUGCUUGGCCUCUACUGACCCACCUAUCCUGAAUACUGAAGAAAAGAACAAUCUCCUCAACAGCUGUGAUGUCCUCCCCGGAGGCUGUGCUGCCUGCCUGAAAGCCAUAGAGAAGAAAGGAGUCAGGGCAAUGGCUCUUCUUUAUCUUUUGCUGAAGACUUCCAAUCCAUCUGGGUACAGGCAGCUGCCCAGCUCCAAGGGAAAGGAUGAAAAAUUGAAACUCCUGAAGAGUUUGGAAAGGAAUUUUGAAUAUUCAGAAGAGGACAAAAAGUCUGAAAACUCCUCCCAGGAGUCCAUGGAUGAAUAUACACAAGACAGUGAUGAGGAAGAUUUAGGAAGACAGAAGACUGAAGGCCAGUUACUUGGAGGAAUACCAGCAGAGAUGGUUCCCUACAGAGAUUCAGAGAUUGCCAGAAGAGAAGAUUCAGAUGUAGAUGCAUAUGAGAAGGAGAGCACUCACCCCCCUCAGUGUACAUGGAUGGGCAUACGGAAGGAUGAUGAAUUCUUUCAUUUUGUCAUUCUUUGCUUUGCAAUUGGAGCUUUACUAGUUUGCUACUACUACUACAAAGAUUGGACUAUUUCUCUUGGGAUUGGUUUAAUCACCUUUGCUUCCCUGGAAACCACUGGGAUAUACUUUGGUCUAGUGUACCGAAUUCGGAGUGUCCUUGACAGCUUUGUUCCUCUGAUUGACAGAUUCAGGCCAAGAGGCAUGAGGAAAGCUGCCUAGGAGAGGAGUAUUUCAGGAGAGUUCCCCAAACCUGGCUGUCCAAAUUUCCAGUACUAAAGGAACUGCUUUAUGAGGUGAACCUAACAACCAAAUGGCCAAUGUGAAAUACUGAAAUGUGAAACCUCUGAAAAACAUCACUCCUUUCCCUCCAAAAUAAACCUGAAACUGAUGUACAGGGCCCCCCUCUGGAUUCUGAAGUGAUUUGGGCCUCAGCAGAGCUUGGAAGACAAUGGAGAUGUAGCUUUGUGUUCAAUUCCUUUGAAAUACAAACACAAUCACCUUCCCUGCCCCAGGCAGCCACGUGGUGGUGCAUCUCUCAUUUAACAAACCUCGCCAGUCUGCCUGUGGUGUACCAGAAGCAGCAGACCAAUGGCCUGUGCUGGUUCUGGCUUAGGCUCUGGCUGUUUCUGGAGGGAUUCUGGCCUCCUCCUCCUCCUCCCAGUGCAGAACAGGCAGAGGCAGGUCCUGCUCUCCAGCUGAGCCCCGGCGGUGCCGGCGCUGGGGCUGAUGAAUCGAUUGUGGCAGAACUCGGAGCAGUGGGCGGGCAGUGGUUUCACCCGAGAGCUGGGGAGAUGUUACAGGCACUGACAGAGUGCUGCAGUAAUGAGAUUAUUAACAACAGCACAUUUCAUCUUUUCUCAGUGGAAAAACAAAGUGCUUGAUUUGACUCAUUCCCCAACCUUUUUCUUUCUUUGAGUAAAAUAAACACAAAACUUUGACAUUCAUUUCAUUUUAUAGGAUGGGUUACACAUUACAAGAGUGUAGGACUACUGCAAUCAUAGGAAGAUUGCAACAAAACUACAUUUUAAGUAAAAAUGUAAGGUCUUCAUACCCACAGAAUGAAGGCAACCAGUUGAACAGAAAAAGCCAUAAACAUGGACUUUUAAGGAAAUGUAAAUCUGAAAGCUGUAAAGCCAAACAGCUUGGUGUUUUACAGGAACAAUUUCAAGCCUUGCUCAGAAAAUUAGAAAGGUUACUUUUUGUUGUACAUGGUUUGAAGCACCAGUGUCAGUCACUCUUGCCUGCAGUUCCAGCUGCACUGCCAGAAACACCAAUAGUUGCACUCAGGUCUGCACCAACACAGCACAGCUGCCACCCAAUGCCUCAAGGGCUAAAUUGUGCAAGAAGGAUGAGUACAAGUUAUUUCAUAGUAUUUAUAUGCUCCUUUACAUAUCUUUGUAGAAAUAUUUCACCAUCCCAAAGUACUGUAUAUUUUGUGU